AGUCAGUUGCGCCGCAGCGUUUGGUCAGUUACACCUUCUGGUUCACUGGUAGCCGCGGGAGCCGGGUGGGUCCUCGGCGAUGAUCCGGCAUUAAGGACCUGGAAUCAUCUCUGUCUCAGGUGGCUUGGGGAAAAUACAAGGGCACCCAAAGAUCAUCUACUGACUAAACCUUUUGCCCUGAACUUCAUGAAGAAAUGAUAGGAGGCAGACAUAUGUGCCUUAGAAGAGCACUGAGCUCAGAGGAGAGCAACAAGAAGUUUUGGGGGUGUGCUUUCAUUUGUGUACAUCAAUGGCAGAAUCAUCCAGUGAUUCCGAACGCUUCCGCUUUCAUGACCGAUUGAGUCAAUGGGCUACCAGAUCAACUCAUAGGGAAACUCGAAGUAAUCCUACAGUCACCGAGAAGGUCAACACUAUAACAAGUACUUUACAGGACACCAGUCGGAAUCUUCGACAAGUGGACCAGAUGCUUGGGCAAUAUCGAGAAUUUAGUAAUGGACAGGCGGGUGCUAUCGAACAGUUAAAAGAAAACUUGGAACAGUCAGUAGGCCAGCUACGAAGUCAACGUUUGUUGAGAAACUCAGGAGGUAGAAGUGUUUCUGUUACAAGUCUGAGUGCAAGUGACCUUGAUGGUGGUACUGUGACAGAGAGCCACCGAUUUCCACCUACCUCGCCUCUCAAGGACUAUGAUUCACAGGGUAAUAAACGAAUUAGGCCCAGACCUGGUGUCCGGUUUGUUCGGGAUACUGAUGACAUGGUUCAGAUUCAUGCUUUUCAUCAGUCCCUCCGAGACCUCAGCAGUGAACAAGUUCGCCUUGGGGAGGAUUUCAACAGGGAGCUUUCCAGAAGAAGCCGGUCUGAUGCCGAAACAAAAAGGGUUUUGGAACAAUUGACUGAAAAACUUAAUGAAACCCAGAAGCAAGAAGUGGUUUCUGAUCGGGUGGAACGACGGCUUCAAGAAAUACAAAGAGAGAUGCGCACUGAAAGAGAGCUGGUGGAAAGACGUCAAGAUCAGUUGGGAAUCAUGUCCUUGCAGUUACAGGAGGCAUUGAAGAAACAAGAAGCUAAAACAGAUGAGAAUGAGGGAGAAAUGAAAAAUAAGCUAAAACAAACUGAAACGGAGAAGAGUCAACUUGAACAGGAAUUGCAGCUGUCUCGCAGGUUAUUGAAUCAGUCAGAAGGCAACAGAGAAACACUUUUACAUCAGGUAGAAGAACUGCGUACACAACUUACAAAAGCAGAAGGUGAUCGGAAGGGUUUACAACAUCAAGUAUCUCAGAUUUCCAAGCAACAAUCAAUGUAUCAGGAUGAACAAGGAGAUGACUGGAGGUUUAGGAGAGGGGUAGAGCCAGAAAAACGUGAUUUGGAGAAGCAGAUGUCAGAUUUGAGAAUGCAGCUGAACUUCAAUGCAGUGGCAUCUGAGUUAGAGGAAGUGAAGCGAUGCAUGGAGCGAAAAGAGAAGGAGAAAGCAAGUUUGGCAGCACAAAUAGAGAAUUUAACACAUGAGUUGGAGAACAGGGAAAAACAACAACUACAGAUGUUGGAUCAACUCAAGGAAAUCCAGAACCACUUUGAAGUAUGUGAGGCUGACCGUAAACAGGCCAACUUCCAGAUCUCAGAGCUGACUCAACAUGCAGAGGAAGCCACCAAGCAGGCGGAGCAGUACCUCAGUGACUUGCAGCAAUCAGAGGCCCUGAGAGAGGAGGCAGAGAAGAGGAAGGAAUACCUCAAAUUGAAAGCUCAAGAAACCAUUAGGCAAUGGAAGCUUAAGCAUAAGAAAUUAGAGCGGGCAUUGGAAAAACAAUCUGAAACUCUUGAUCAGCUGACAGACAGGAAUAAUCAGAUUCUAAAAGAAAAAGAUGAAUUGAAAAGUCAGCUUUAUGCAGCAUUACAACAGGUAGAGAAUCUUAGAAAGGAGUUGAAUGAGGUCUUAACCAAGCGAGCCCUUCAAGAGGAAGAGCUUCGCUCUAAGGAGAAGAAACUAAAUGAUGUUAAGUCUCAUCAAGCUGAGCUUGAGAUGGAAGUCAAGAAUUCCCUGGACAGCAUUCAUAGACUAGAAGGUGAAUUGAAAAAGCAGAAUAAGAGUCAUAGUCAGAUAAAAAUUGAGAAGGCUCACCUGGAGGAAGAAAUUGCAGAGCUAAAGAAGAGCCAGGCCCAGGACAAAGAUAGACUUCUUGAGAUGCAGGAGUCCAUCAAGAAUUUGAGUGCCAUUCGAGCAGAUCUGGCUAAUAAAUUGGCUGAGGAAGAKAAAGCCAAAAAAGCAGUGCUUAAGGAUCUUGCUGACCUCACAGCCCAAUCAAAAUCCAGGGAUGAUGAAACAGCUACCAUCAUUACACAGUUAAAGCUAGAACGAGACGUUCACCAAAGGGAGCUGGCAGAUCUCACAUCAUCACUGCAGAGUGUGAAAACGAAACAUGAGCAAAACAUCCAGGAGCUGAUGAAGCACUUUAAGAAGGAAAAGAGUGAAGCAGAGAAUCAUAUUAGGACAUUAAAGGCAGAAAACUUAGAAGAUAAGAACAUGGCUAAAGUCCAUCGUUGUCAGCUAGAGAAGUUGAAAUCACAGUGUGAGAAACUUACAGAGGAAUUAACCCAGAAUGAAAAUGAGAACAAAAAACUGAAGCUAAAAUACCAGUGUUUGAAGGACCAACUAGAAGAAAAGGAAAAACAUAUAAGCAAUGAAGAAGAACACUUAAGGAGGAUGGAAGAAGCCCGACUGCAUCUCAAGGAUCAACUUCUUUGUCUGGAGACUGAACAGGAAUCCAUUCUUGGUGUGAUAGGAAAGGAAAUUGAUGCAGCUUGUAAAACUUUUUCCAGGGACUCGAUGGAGAAAUUGAAGGUUUUAUCCUCUGGUCCUGAUAUUCUCUAUGACCCACAUCGCUGGUUAGCAGAAAGCAAGACUAAACUUCAGUGGCUCUGUGAGGAGCUGAGAGAGAAAGAAUCCAGAGAGAAAAAUCUGCGACAACAGCUGAUUCUCUGUAGACAACAACUCCGAGAUCUGACUGAAAACAAGGAAUCUGAGCUCCAAUGUCUCUUCGAACAGAUAGAAAGGCAGGAGCAACUUCUGGAAGAAAUAAAUCUGGAGAAGAGAGAUCUGCUAGAAGAGACCCAAAGAAAAGAUGAAGAAAUGGAAUCUCUGCAGGAGCGUGUUAAUACAUUAGAAACGAGUACCCGAGUGGCUUUGGACCAUCUGGAGUCUGUGCCCGAGAAACUGAGCCUUCUAGAAGGUUUCAAAGACUUCAGAAAUUCCCACAGUUUAUGUGAGAGAACUGAUGGGAGAUACCCUAAAUUCAGAAUUCACAGAGAUCCUUUUCAGCGACGACAAGAAGAUACCAAGUACAGAAUGAAAACCCUCAAAGAUGACAGAAGCUUUGUUGAAGAUUCCCAUGCUCAUGGAUUAGUUCACUCAUCUUCUUGGCAGGAUUACAGUCGCUUCCUGUCUAGUCCACGAUUUUCACACUUGAGCCCAUUUACCAGAAGGACCGUCGCUCCAGAUUCAGCUUCAGUGAAGGAAGAUGCCRCAAGUUUACCAAUGAAUGGAACAAGUUCACAGUCCAAGAAGGAGGACUAUGAGAAUAAAAAAGGCAAAAUGUAAUUAGUAACUCUUUGGAGUGGUUUACAAAUAAUCACAGAUCUAUCCUUCUGUCAUUUGGCCCAGGUCGUCUAACAGACAGACCUGUGGCUUUGGCUCUUUGGUAUUACCAGAUAUGGACUAAAAUGGUAACACAGAUAGUCUUUGUGAAUGAUAUUUCUUUAAUCAAUUCAAAUAACAGUAAAUAAUUCCCAAUGUGCAGCUUACUUACUGGCAACUUACACCAGCAGAAAAAGUGAUACUUUUCUCUUCACAUUUUCCUUUUUAACAUGCGGUCAGUCACAAUUUCCUCACCAAAAUUUGGAUUUAUAAUUGAUACCUUUCAAAAAUAACUGGCUACAAAAGAGGAAAAUACAUUUCUUUUGAGGCAAUAG